AUGUCGUCUGCCAGUCGAGAGCCCAAGCCGCGGCGUCCGUCUGAAGACCGGAGGGAGCCGAAGGAGCCCAAGGAGUCUCGGGAGCCGCGGCCGCCGAAGGAGAAGCGGGAGUCCAGCCGGACUGACGGCCGUGGUGAGCGGGAUCGCGGCGACCGAGACAGAGACCGCGAAAGAGAUCGCGAGCGGCGACAUCGUGGAGAGGCCUCACUCAAAGAGCCUGGCCGAGAGAAACCCUCUUCCACUUCGCCUGUAUCUCCGGCACGGGAGGAUCAGGAGUCCUAUCUUGACAGCCUGAUUGCCGAUUGUACGGACAAGCGACCUGAUGUUGCGGCACCUGCUCACGCACGAGACAUGCCAAAGCGCCCGUCUUCCCGUGCUGACUCGCGGCCCAAAGGCAGCGAUGGCGAGCGCCGAGCGCGCAAUGUGGAGGAGAUGCCCCGUGAACGCCCGGAGGCUCCAAGUGGUGGCCCGUCUCCGGAGCGUGAGCGUGAGCGACGUUCAAGGCGAGGUGAGGAGCGGGAGAAGAAGGAGAAGAAGGAACGCAGUGAACGCAGUGAACGCAGUGAACGCAGUGCUCGCGAGCCCCGACCGCCUGAGGGGCCUCCCGCAGAGGAAGCGGCAGCGCCACGGGCACCCGCUCCGCCUCCGGAGAGGGAGAAGAAGCCCCGGCGACCUCACAAGGAGGCGUCGGAGGCUGUAGAGGAGGCCAGCCAGCCACAGGCACCGCCACCGGCACGGCCGACCAAUGGCCGGAAAGUAGAGGCACCCCAUGUGGAGGAGGAGAUUGAGGUUCACGCCCCAGCGCCACCUGCGCCAAAGCCUGCGGAGGAAGAAGUGGAUGACAUUGAGUAUGAUGAAGACUUCGAGGAGGCGGAUGACGAGGAGGAGUAUAUCCCGCAGAUCAAAUCUUCGUCGCCAUCGCCACCGAGCCAAUCGCCAGAUGGGACACCCAACAAGGUCACCUUCCGACCAAUGUCCUCCCAGUCCCUUCGUGCACCGACUCCCCCACUUGGGAAGGAGUCACCCGUGUCGGCGUCAGCUAUCAAGAAGGCGACGCAGAGUGAGAACGAGAGGAUGGCGAGGAAGUCACCGAUGCCGACCUCGCCAGACAUGGGCAGGAAACGAGGAGGGGGGCUGAUGGCGGAGUACGAGUCGACCAUGCCGAAGUUCAACUUGGCUGGCAGUGCUUCACCUGCCCAGCGCGCAGCUCUUGCAAGGCUACGUGACCUUCGGGACUUGCAAAUUCCGCGCAAGCUUGGUGUUGAGACUGGAAAUCUCUUCCAGCAGAAGCCGCAGCAGGACAUCCAGCUCUUUCUUGCUGGAAAGUCGUUGAAGUAUUGCAAGCUGAAGACCACCAGCUGCCAGACAGGUGAUGACGACGUGGAGGUAGGCGUUAACACGGAUGAUGUCUGGACGGAUGAGAAGGAGAUGCAGUUCCCAACCUUGACAAGUGGCCAAACAGCCACGUCCACGGGAGCCGAAGCACAACUUCUCCCCUUCCUCAGGCGUGUGCUGCCCUUGUUCGAAGCGUCCAUUGUGGAGAGCAACCGACGUGCCGGGGUUGUCGCCCCGCCGCCUCCCGAUGAGCAGUUGGGCCACACCCUGGUGAGAUGCGUGCUCCCGGAGAGCUUCGUUUCCUCUUUUAUAGGUGCAACGCCCUCGGUGGUUGACGUUUCCAUCGUUGAGAAAUGGUACGGGGCAGACCAUGCGUUGGCACUCUAUAGCUGGGAAGAGGCUGUGCGUCCUCCGCCGGGCGAGUUCGUUGGCCUGUCCAACUUCAUGCGGCCGAUCCGGAGCCUUGUUAGUCUCCAUCCCAUCGUGCUGGGCGGCUCUGGAGGUGCUUCUACCCGCCCGGCACGCUGUCUACAUGCUUUCUGCCGCUUGAGCUCACUGACAGUUGUGAAUGGGAGGACUCACCUCAUCGUGGCAGGCUCUGAGACAGGUUCCCUCCUGGUCUAUGAUCUCCGGGCGAGACCUCGCAGCCCUGCAGAGUUGCUGGGGGAAAGCGAAGGGCCUCCACCAAACCCAGAUGCUGACAUCGCCCACUUCGAGGGCCCCUUGUGGCUCCCGUCGGCCUUCUCGACGGACAUUUAUGUGAAGCUGGCCUGCUUGAUUCAUUGGCCUCUUCAGAAGCUUGAGUCUGCUAGGAUGUCUGCUUGGAGUCUUGCACGGCUGAGUCCAGCAGUUUGCCACGCCAGGCUUUGGGGCCGACUCAAAGAGAGCAGCGAGCACAGCGCAAGCUGA